CUUCGUGGCGCGCAUGCCCAGACGCCGUCUGGGCAGAGCUGGUACUCCGAGGCGCCUGUCACAUGAGCUGCACUCCCGCUCCGCUCCCCCUCCUCCUGGCUGGGCUGUGUGAAUGAAGCUCUGCUGGCUACGUGGGGCGCUAGCUCUACUCGCUGUGUGGAACGCCAGAGCCGACUGAGCGCGCUGCCCACCGCCUGGGGACACGGGCUCCGCCGCGCCGGACCUCGGUGACAGGUUUGGGGCCUUAGAAUCUUGCAGAACACAGAACCACACAGUUGCGUUUCCAUCUACACCCUCCUCUAAGUCCCCCUUCAAAACUGGGGGCCUCUGGAAAGCUCUGAGCCUGGGACCCCAGCCUGGGAGAAGAUAGAUACAAGAUGGCCAUGUGGCAUGGAGCCAUGGAUAACAGAGGCUUCCAUCAGGGGAGUUUUAGUAGCUUCCAGAGCAGCUCUAGCGAUGAAGACUUGAUGGACAUCCCAGGGACUGCUAUGGAUUUCUCCAUGAGAGAUGAUGUGCCUCCUUUAGAUCGAGAAAUAGAAGGGAACAAGUCAUACAAUGGUGGUGGAAUAAGCUCUUCAAAUAGGAUCAUGGACUUCUUGGAGGAGCCAAUCCCCGGUGUAGGGACCUAUGAUGAUUUCAACACAAUUGAUUGGGUGAGAGAGAAGUCUCGAGACCGAGAUAGGCACCGAGAGAUUACCAAUAAAAGCAAGGAGUCAACAUGGGCCUUGAUUCACAGUGUGAGCGAUGCAUUUUCUGGCUGGUUGUUGAUGCUCCUUAUUGGGCUUUUAUCAGGUUCUCUAGCAGGCCUGAUAGACAUCUCUGCUCACUGGAUGACAGACUUAAAAGAAGGGAUAUGCACAGGGGGAUUCUGGUUUAACCAUGAACACUGUUGCUGGAAUUCUGAGCAUGUCACGUUUGAAGACAGAGACAAGUGUCCAGAGUGGAAUAGCUGGUCCCAGCUUAUCAUCAGUACAGAUCAGGGAGCCUUUGCCUACAUAGUCAAUUAUUUCAUGUAUGUCCUCUGGGCUCUCCUGUUUGCUUUCCUUGCUGUGUCUCUGGUCAAAGCGUUUGCACCUUAUGCCUGUGGCUCUGGAAUCCCUGAGAUAAAAACUAUCCUGAGUGGUUUCAUUAUUAGGGGUUAUUUGGGUAAGUGGACCCUGGUCAUCAAAACGAUCACUCUGGUGCUGGCAGUGUCAUCUGGCUUGAGCCUGGGCAAAGAGGGCCCCCUAGUGCACGUGGCCUGCUGCUGUGGGAACAUCCUGUGCCAUUGCUUCAACAAAUACAGGAAGAAUGAAGCCAAGCGCAGAGAGGUCUUAUCAGCUGCAGCAGCUGCUGGUGUAUCUGUAGCCUUUGGGGCACCUAUCGGUGGAGUAUUAUUCAGCCUGGAAGAGGUCAGCUACUAUUUUCCCCUGAAAACACUAUGGCGUUCAUUCUUUGCUGCCCUAGUGGCAGCUUUUACACUCCGGUCCAUCAAUCCAUUUGGAAACAGCCGCUUAGUUCUAUUUUAUGUGGAGUUUCACACCCCAUGGCAUCUUUUUGAGCUUGUGCCAUUCAUUGUGCUGGGCAUAUUCGGUGGCCUUUGGGGAGCUCUGUUUAUCCGCACAAACAUUGCCUGGUGUCGGAAGCGUAAAACCACACAAUUGGGCAAGUAUCCUGUUGUCGAGGUACUCAUUGUGACAGCCAUCACUGCCAUCUUGGCUUUCCCUAAUGAAUACACCCGGAUGAGCACAAGUGAGCUCAUUUCUGAGCUAUUCAAUGACUGUGGCCUUCUGGACUCCUCCAAGCUCUGUGAUUAUGAGAACCAUUUCAACACAAGCAAAGGCGGUGAGCUGCCUGACAGACCUGCUGGCCAAGGCGUCUACAGUGCCAUGUGGCAGCUGGCUUUGACACUCAUACUGAAAAUAGUCAUCACUAUAUUCACCUUUGGCAUGAAGAUUCCUUCUGGUCUCUUUAUUCCCAGCAUGGCUGUCGGCGCUAUAGCAGGCCGUCUUUUAGGAGUAGGGAUGGAGCAACUGGCUUACUACCACCAUGAUUGGGGCAUCUUCAACAGCUGGUGUAGUCAGGGAGCUGAUUGCAUCACACCUGGCCUUUACGCUAUGGUUGGGGCUGCAGCCUGUUUAGGUGGGGUAACUCGGAUGACUGUUUCUCUUGUUGUCAUCAUGUUUGAACUGACUGGUGGCCUGGAAUAUAUUGUGCCUCUGAUGGCUGCAGCCAUGACAAGCAAGUGGGUGGCAGAUGCUCUUGGGCGAGAGGGCAUUUACGAUGCCCACAUUCGUCUCAAUGGAUACCCCUUUCUUGAAGCCAAAGAAGAAUUCGCUCAUAAGACUCUGGCAAUGGAUGUGAUGAAGCCCCGGAGAAAUGACCCUUUGUUGACUGUCCUUACUCAGGACAGUAUGACUGUGGAAGACGUAGAGACCAUAAUCAGUGAAACCACUUACAGUGGCUUUCCAGUGGUAGUCUCCCGAGAGUCACAAAGACUCGUGGGCUUUGUUCUUCGGAGAGAUCUCAUUAUUUCAAUUGAAAAUGCUCGGAAGAAGCAGGAUGGGGUUGUGAGCACUUCCAUCAUUUAUUUCACUGAGCACUCACCUCCAAUGCCACCAUACACUCCACCUACCCUGAAGCUUCGGAACAUCCUGGAUCUCAGCCCCUUCACUGUGACAGACCUUACGCCAAUGGAGAUCGUAGUGGAUAUCUUCCGCAAGCUGGGACUGCGCCAGUGCCUGGUUACACACAAUGGGCGCUUACUUGGAAUCAUUACCAAAAAGGACGUGUUAAAGCAUAUAGCACAGAUGGCAAAUCAAGAUCCUGAUUCCAUUCUCUUCAACUAGAAUCAUGGGGUUGUUUGGGAUAUGAAACAAGGACAUUGUGGACCAUGGAUAUAUUUUAUUAACUGGGUACCCAAAACACAUUUCCCAUAUUUGGAUGGUGAAGUCAUAUUAGUGUGUUGUCUGUUUCCUACAAGUUAACCAGUUGCACUACGUAAUUUCUGGAAAUGAAUCUCUCUAGGAGAAAGUACAGUUAGGCUUAUGUGAUACUGCAUUAGGAAGAGUUCACGAAAGAGAAACGAGAUUGCUAUGGUUUAAUUAUGUUUCUUCUUUAAAUUUUUUUUUAUUUAAAAAUAAUUGUUAGCCAAUAUGCAAUCACUGAAAACUAUGCAAGAAAAAUUCCAACUAUUCUGACAUAUAGCCUGCAGGAAACUCAUGAAUGAGUUAUGUGUGGGGAGGACUCAACUGUCAUUGGUGGAAGAUGAAGUGUGAACUAAGGGGCUUUGCCUUUCAAGCUACAGAAAGGAAAGCCAGAAGGAAAUAACAAUGGCAUUUUUUAGACUGUGAAGAUUCAGUUAAAUUCUUAUUCCUGUUACAGUAUUUAGCGUUAUUAGUUUGUUCCGUUUACCUUUUCAUUAUAAGACAGUGCUGCUCUGGUUAAUCUCCUCCAAGUGAAGGAGAGGGCUUGACCUUUAGAGCCUGCUUGUCCUGGUCUUUUGAAGUGCACAAAAUUAAGUUACAGAGCUUUCUCCUUGGCUGCAGAAAGGCUAAUUCUUCAAUGGCAAUGCUAGCUAGUAGACAAGGACUUUGUUAGUAGCUAGGAAUUCUUUCUUCUGGUUUUCUUGAAAUGAUGAUAAAGUUCUGAGCAAAGUCAGUGACUAGGAAUUUCACAUUUUUGUGAAGUCCUAACCAAAUCUCUUACCCAGAUGCCACCUCCAUGGAUGAUGGUGCUUUAGGCUUCUGGAAUAAGUAAGAACAGUAUAUGGAACCGAGCCUAGGCUGAAUACUGGUAAAGCAGGGGAGGUCCCUUUGAAAGACCACCAGUACUAAAAUAACUGGACACCUGUGCUCCUCCCAGUGUGGAGUAUGCAGAAUAAGCUGUCGUUCCUGUGAGCAUAAAAGAGGCUUGAGAUACUUCUACAUGUCUUGAAGGAACUGGAACAGGAUAGGCAACUGCAGCUGCCUUGAGGUACCAUCCUUAGAUCUAACUAAAAUGCAGAGCUAUCCUCAAACCUAGGUGUAUGGAUGAGGCCUGAUGACACCAAAGGUGCUUGUACCCAGUUAAAAAGGUGCCUGUCUCAAUUUCGUACCACAGCUGUGGCAAUUGAAAAAAAAAUCACAUUCUAGAAACACCUGGUGGAAUUCAGGAGCCACCACCAGCAUUCCAACCACUCUCAUCUUCUAUCAUUUUUUCCAUGUGCAGUUCCUCUCCCUCCAUUCUGUUUGCCUUUCUUCUCAGCACAGAGUCCUCAGUAGGAUGGAGCAGUCUGCUGAGUUAAUCAUUCCUAAUGAUGACAAAAGAGCCCUACUAGGGCUGGUUAAAUUGUAAGCCAAGGCUCAGCAGUCUCGCAGCACUUGGACUAGAGGUGCUGCCCAUGGCAGUGAGGCCACAUUGUUGGGUAAGAGUUCAGCUUUUUGUUCAUCAUACAAGUCUGUCCCUGAUACUUCCUACUGUCCUGUCCUUAGCUCAGAAUCAGCGGCACUUGGCACAUUCCUGUGUGUAACCACCCCUCCCAAGCAACUCAAUGUACCUCAUUUUAAAAGUUGUUGAUCCCUGAGUCAAGGACUUUUUUUUUUAACCCCCAGUUCUUAUCGUUCCAAAAUCAGAAAUUCUUUUAUGAUCCAGGGCUGAGUCGCCAAAGCAUAUUUUGAUUUUUAUCUUUACUAUAUAUAUCUAGGUAGCCACCAGAGUUCUCUCCUUUUAAAUUAUAUGGCUCUGGCAUUUUAAUGAAAAAAGAAUGCUUCGGGGUACAUGGUAUCAUAUUCAUGGCUCUGUGACUUGGUGUCUUGCUCCUCCUAUGCCACUGCAUUCUUUGUAGCCGUUGAGAUUCUGCCUGGCCACCUAGUGUACUGUGUGGAGAUCGGUUCUUGUCUGUGUACUUCAGGGUUAGUCAGUACCUUUUUGAUUCGUGAUCCUUCCACACUAAAGUUUGCAGCACAGGCAAGGUCACAGUGCCUGGUAUUUGAUGGCAAGGGAAGGAAGGUUUGGUCAGAUCUCAUAGAACAGCAGUGGCAUGGAUCUUGUUGGCCUUCUAGUUGUCUUCAUUGGACACAGACGAGCCAGUGUUAAGGUGCUACUUCAGAGACUAAAUCGAAGAAAUCAGAUAACACUGUGCGAAUGGAGACUGUCCAGAGGCUAAGCACCGAUGGGCCCUCCAGAUGAUUGACAAUAUCCCUUUGAUACCUCACACCUUAGAAAUACCAUUCAUUAACCUCAGUUUCUCAGGAAUCCUUGUAGCUUGUAUGCUAGAAAUAGCUGUAGGGUAUGGUGUCCAUUGUAUGUCCAAUCUUAGGGUUUAGCUCAGUGGUUGCCUGGUUCUUACUGGAGUACUCUUCAAGAUUGCUAGCCUAGCACCUGGACACACACACUGGUUCUUGUCUUGAGGUAAAGGGAAGUUCUUUCUGUCAUUGCCAUUCCAUUUCAUCACUUAGAUAAUCCUAAAAACAAAACAAAACAAAAAUAAACAAAUUGAAUAUAGGGCAGUCUGUCAGUAGCCUCAAAUGACUACAUACCUCAGUGGUAAAAUACUGGAUAAUUUAAGAUUUUAAAAUGAAUUGAGACAAGUUUAUUUUGGUACUGGAAAAGAAAAUAGCCUGAUAUAAGGAAAGUGUUUACAGAAGAACACCAAUAAAUGCCUCAAGAGUGUGAAUUUUCCAAGGAAAUAUAUCUGGAGGAAAUCUAGCCAUGAAGGUAGUUUAUGGACCUGUAAAAGUCUAACUAUCAAAUUGUAUAUCUUCACACCUUUAAUGGAAAGAACUUAAUGUAGUUUCGAGAGCGUGCGCAGUGAGCUCAAUUAGAGAUAGCAAACGGGACUGGCAAUGUGAAAAAAGCUGUUAAAGAGCAUGUCUACUUCUAUUUGGUUAGAAACAACCACAUUGCAGCAGCCUCCUCUCUCUGGCCCCAGUGGCCUGCAGCAGCCAAGCUGCAGAGUAGAGUUGAUGUAGUCCACAGAACAGAGCUCCUCUGGUGGAUUAGUUGGAACUGAUGAGACUUUGAAUUGGCCAGCUGGCAGAGCAAACAAUUAAUUUGCUGGUUUAACUGCAAAGCAGGCCAAUUGUUCUGGCACUAAAGUCAUUACAGGAAGAGCAGGAGCCUUUUUAAAAAGAUCAGUCUCUAAAUGUGUGGGCUCGACUUUACUGUUCUAAAAUGUUAAUCUUUACAACCACCUGUCUGGGUUCCCUUUAGCGGGAGGGGGAGGCAUUGAAAAUGAUGACAGACCUGCUUAACAAAAUGUGCAUCGUGCCAGGUAUGAAGAAAGCCGUCCCAAGUCCCAGGCCGUGCAUCUUGGCAUAAGGUGGACAGAAAAAGUUUAAUUACAUGCCUCAAAGGGAGAAAAAGACAAAUCAUCCUCAAGUCCAGGAUUCCCAAACUAGCACCUCAAAGCACCAUUUGGCUUCAGGACAGUCUAGUUUUGUGGAAAGGGUCAACAUAAGACAUUUACUUAAGGAGGAACAUACUGUCUGAGGGUCUAGAUGAUGACGUUCUACCGUUUUUUGUUUUAAGCCACCCUACUAUGUCCUUAUUCUAUAUUGGAAAUAAGCUCUUUUCUCAUUGCAGCUCAGAAGCUGUGUAGGUUUGGAGAUAAGUGGGCACAGCAAAGCUGGGCAAUUGCUGGGCUUUGCUUCAGUUUCAGCCAUUUGUUCCAAGGAGAGAGGUUCUUGGAAAAACGUGUAUUAGCAACUUCAAGCAACUCCCUGUACAUAUGCUGGCCACAUUCUCAUUGCUAAGCAUCUGCAUCUGGGCAAAGUUAUGAAGAGAUGAAGGGAACAAAAUGAGUUUUUCCAUGAUGUUAGAAUGAUUUUGCCAAAUCCUCCAAGAAGGAUGUGAUGUGGAGUUUUCCUUCUUUCUUUUCUU